GACUCUACACGUGGGCAGUCAAAUAAAUAUCCUGCUUCGCUGGUUAAUGAAGAUUGGAUCUAAAGAUAUCGAGGAAAAGCACAACUCGAUUGUAAUCGUUAUGUCGAAAAUCAUUCGGAAACAUCAAAAAAUUAUCCAUCUGUCAGAGAAUAUUGAAAAUCUCUAUUCGUACAUCGCUUUGUUGCAGUUUACGUCAAAUACAGUGAUGAUUUGCUCAUUAGGAUUUCUUAUUGUAACUGCAAUCGGUAGUCCCGAUGCCACUGAACAAAUAGUGAGAUCUCUUUUAUUUUACGCUGUAACGAAUCUCGAAGCGUUUAUCUUUUGCUUCGCUGGAGAAUAUCUGAGCAAUAAGAGCAAAGCGAUCGGAAACGCAGCGUACAAUUCCGAUUGGUAUGAUAUGAAAGCUAAGGAUAGUCGUAUUCUACUAUUUAUAAUUUUACGAUCGCAAAGGCAAUUAAAACUCACGGCGGGCAAGAUGACAGAUCUCUCCUUAGAGUGCUUCACAAAUAUCAUGAAGGCAUCAGGAUCCUAUUUGUCGGUACUACUAGCAAUGAGAUAAAUACUAAUAAAAAUAAUUUUUUAUUUCUUCAAACAACCAUAAAAAAACAAGUAAUCAUGUAGACAUUGAUUUACUAUUUAGAAAAAUAUAU